AUGCCUUCUAAAUCCCUCAGUCAUAAAGAUUACAGCGUGGGAUGGAUUUGCGCGCUACCAAAAGAGCGAGCAGCGGCCCAUGCCAUGCUAGACAAAGAACAUGAGCCUCUUUCGCAACCUGACCAUGAUCACAACACCUAUACCCUAGGCUCUAUCGACAACCACAAUAUUGUUAUAGCCUGCCUUCCCUAUGGUGAAAUUGGGAACAACGCAGCAGCAAACAUUGUGACCCAAAUGAUCAACACGUUCCCAUCUAUCAAGUUUGGUCUCAUGGUCGGGAUUGGUGGUGGGAUUCCCGGUCGGGUCAGGCUUGGUGAUAUCGUCGUUAGCAGGCCGAGUGGAUCAUACCCUGGAGUUGUCCAGUGGGAUCUUGGAAAGUCAGAAAAGCUUGGAUUCAAGAGAACCGGAGCGUUGGACCGUCCUCCGAGAGCCCUACUCACUGCCCUGGCUAAGCUGGAAGCCUUUCACGAUAUGGAUGACUCUCAGAUUCCCAAGUAUCUGAAAGACAUGGCAAACAAAUGGCCCAAGUUAGCGGGUAAAUAUACGUGGUCUCCUCGACUCAAAGAUCCAAUGCUUGAACCAGACAUCAGCAAGGCCAAUGCCAGCCUGUGGGGAAGUAUAUUUGUGAUAAUCUUCCAAGCACUUCUCGCACUGUAUAGGCUGUUAUUUGGUCUCCAAGUCCCCGUCGAAAAGGUUAUGCCUUCAAUGUCCGAUGAGAAAAGCACAUGUGGAGAGCCUAGAGGCAUAGAUAUUCACUAUGGCUUGAUUGCAUCUGGAAAUCAGGUUGUCAAAGAUGGAACCAUCCGAGAUCGAAUCAACCAGAGUCUUGGAGGGGAAGUUCUAUGCAUUGAGAUGGAAGCAGCAGGGUUAAUGAAUAAUUUCCCAUGCAUUAUUAUAAGAGGAAUCUGCGAUUAUGCAGAUGAAAGAAAGAACAAAGACUGGCAAGAAUACGCUGCAGCUUUAGCAGCGGGAUUUACAAAGGAGCUUUUACAACAUGUACGCUCAGCGGACGUUGACAGCGAACGCCCUGUAAAGGAUAUCUUGCAGAAAGUUGAACAAGGUGUACUUCAUAUCGAGCAACUUAUGGAUAAAAGUGAAGUGAGGAUGAUCGUUGAUUGGCUCACUACGGCAAAUUACGGCCAACAGCAUGAUAAACAUUCGGAGACUCACAAGAAUGGAACCAGCUUGUGGAUUCUCAAAACAGAUGAGUUACAGAGUUGGCUUAACAAUAGCAACCAAAGGUUGCUGUGCGAAGGAAUGCCGGGGGCAGGAAAAACGAUCCUGACAUCCGUUGUAGUCGAUCAUCUGACGGAAAAAAUCAAGAAAGACUCUAACAUCGGCAUGGCCUACAUUUAUUGCAGCUUCAAACAACCGAAGAGCGAACAGACUACAAGAAGUCUUCUUUCCAGUGUCCUGAAGCAGCUUGCGGGUGGCCGUGAGACGUUCCCAGCUACCACCAGAAGCUUAUAUGAGCAACACAAGGCAAAACAGACACAUGCAUCCCAAGAGGAGCUUAUAGAAGACCUAAAGGCUGUGAUAGAGCUCUGUUCACGUGUAUUCAUCAUUAUCGACGCCCUUGAUGAAUGCGACUUGAAUACCAUGUAUGGCUUUGUUUCUGAACUCUUCACGCUCCAGAAACACUGCAAUGUGAACAUUUUUGCAACAUCGAGAUUUAUACCCGACAUCAGAGAAUGGUUUACAAAGGUCGAAAGCUCAUUUCUACCAAUCCGUGCUCUCGCAAGCGAUAUUGCCACGUACCUGGAUACGGAAAUGAAACAAUCGUCGACAAGUCUUAUCAAAAGCAAUAUAAGUCUACAGGAAGAUAUAAAAAGAGAAAUCUGCGAGGCGGCUGAUGGAAUGUUUCUUCUGGCGCAACUCUACCUUGAAUUGCUUCAAGAUAAAAUAAAUGUUAAAGAAAUUCGCCAAGAAUUGCAAGGCUUUAGGACCGAUGCCCGAGGUCGAGGUGAUAAUGAAAAGACAAAGGUACUGACAUAUGCAUAUGAUAAGGCUAUUGAAAGGAUCAAUAAGCAAAGUCCGCAUAUGAAGAGUUUUGCGAUGAAAGUCUUGUUAUGGGUUACAUUUGCGAAACGAGCACUUACUACCUCCGAGCUCCGGCACGCAUUAGCAACGGAACGAGGAAUGAAGACAUUGGACGAUGAAGACCUCUCGGAUCUUGGAGAUAUGGGCCGUGUAUGUGUUGGGUUGGUGACAGUCGAUGAGAAGAACGGCGUUAUUCAACUGGUGCAUUAUACAACACAGGAAUAUUUUGAGAACACGCAGUCGCAUUGGUUCCCUGAAGCGGAUUCUGUUCUGCUAGGAGCCUGCAUCACCUACCUGUCAUUCAAAGACUUUGAAAGCGGCUUCUGUUCAACGGAUGACGAGUUCGAACGACGAAAGGCUCAGUUUCCGUUUUGCAAUUACGCUGCUAGCUAUUGGGGGGACCAUGCUCCAAAAAAUGAGAAGCCAGCCGAGGAAAUCCUGGAGUUCCUCAUGCAUCCAGCCAAGGUCGAGGCAUCUGUCCAGGCACAGCAAGCUGUGAAGCAGUACUCGUCCCAUGCGGGAUAUAGCCAAGAGGUGACGAGACGUGUAACUGCGCUGCAUUUGGCGGCACAAUUUGGAUUGGCCGAGCUGAUGAGAAUUCUUCUUGGUGAGCAGUACAAAUGCAACCCCAAUUCUUGUGACAGUCAUGGACAGUCUCCUUUGUUGUGGGCCACGCGCAACGGCCACGAAGAUGUCAUCAAGUUGAUGAUAGAUGCAAACGCCGCUCUUGAAGUCAGGGAUAAAGAAGAGGGCGCUACACCCCUGAUUUGGGCCGCCCGAAAAGGCUACAAGAAUGUUGUUGAGCUUCUCCUAGAAAGGGGUGGCGAGAUCAAUGCAAAGGACAAUUACGGACGGACACCACUAUCGCUUGCUGCGCUUCACAAGCACAAGUCCAUUAUACAGCUGCUCCUUAACAAGGGCGGUAUCAUUGAUGCAAAGGACGAAAAAGGUGACGUGACGCUGCUUGCUACCCACGUGGAGCGCCAAACGGUCCUUAAGAUGCUACUUGAGAAUUACUCUAGAAGAUCUUCGGCGGAAGAGGCUGUUAUUAAUGAAGCCAUUAUAUGUUCCGCCGCCGAAAAUUGGUCCGAAAUUGCUACCCAGAAGCUUCUCCAGGAUGAUGGCACUCUUGAUGAGAUGGAUCAGCAUGGUCGGACGCUACUCUCACGCGCCGCAGAGAGCGGAGACAAAGAAAUUGUGCAGAUGCUAUUGGAAACUGGCAAAGUGGACGUCAAUGGCAGAGAUGGAGAGCAUAAAGAAACGCCGCUGAUAUGGGCGGCAAGGAAUGGCCACCAGGACAUUGUCAAGUUGCUCCUCGAUGCUGGCGCAGAUGUUAAUGUAAAAGAACAUGACUUGGGGGAAACAGCGUUGACAUUGGCAAUCGAAAGCGGGCAUGAGACAACUGUUCAAGCUCUCCUGGACAACGGCGCAAACGUUCACCACAGGGAUCACUCUGAUUAUACACCUCUUUUCACCGCUAGCUGGCAAAAUAGCGAGACUGUGAUGAAACUGCUACUCGACAGGGGCGUCGAUGUGAAUGCAAGGAAUGAAGAUGCACAGACUCCAAUAUUUCUCGCCUCCGCGCAUGGAACUGUGGAAAUGGUCAAUUUAUUGCUCGACGCAGACGCUGAUAUCGAUGCGAUAGAUGUAGAAGGCCGGACGCCGCUAUUCUUCGCAACCGCCUUGCACCAGCAGGACAUUAUAUCACUCUUGCUAGAGAGGGGCUCUAACAUGAAUGCGAGGGAUAAAGAGGGCCGAACGGCAAUAUACACUGCUAUCGGAUCUGGUGACAAAGAGGUUGUGAAUCUGCUUCUCAGCACAAACACUGUGGAUAUUUACAACAAAGAUGAAAACGGGGUGACACCAAUUGACUGGGCUAAAGAGAGGGGGAACAGGGAUAUUAUUCACUUGCUUCAUCAUCAUAUAGGGGCAAGCCAGGCAGAAUGA